GGCUCCAGCGGCUGCGGGGGCGCAGCUUCCUCGGGCAAGGGCCUUCGCGUCGGCGGCCGCGGCCGCGGGGCCUCUCCUGCGCGUCCAGGGUCACCGUCCCCGAAGCCCGGCGGCGCGGCCCUCGGUCCCCUCCCCGCCCCCCAUCCGUCUCCUUCUCGCUCCCCUCAGCCGCCCUCCUCGCCGCCGCCUUUGCGGUUCCUCAGGCGGCCCGGCCCGGCCCGCCCGCCCCGCGUCCCCUCCGGCCGGUGCCUCUCCCCCCGGCGGGCUGCCUGCAUGUCUUUGCUGCCCUCAGCCCCGCCGCCACCGCCGCCGCCGCCUCCCCCGCCGCCGCAGCACCAGCAGCAGCCGCCCCGCCGCCGCCGCCGCCGUCGCCGCCCGGACCCCGGCGCGCUGAAUGCAGACUAAUAGGGAUGCCAAAGGAAAAAUAUGAUCCUCCAGAUCCUCGCAGAAUUUAUACCAUCAUGUCAGCAGAGGAGGUAGCCAAUGGGAAAAAAUCUCACUGGGCAGAAUUAGAAAUCUCGGGUAGAGUGCGGAGCUUAAGUACAUCACUUUGGUCAUUGACACACUUGACAGCGCUGCACCUAAAUGACAAUUACCUUAGUCGCAUUCCACCUGAUAUUGCCAAGCUUCAUAAUCUGGUUUACCUGGAUCUGUCAUCCAAUAAACUCAGAAGUUUACCAGCAGAACUAGGAAACAUGGUGUCUCUCAGGGAAUUGCUUUUAAAUAACAAUCUGUUACGGGUUUUGCCUUAUGAACUUGGUCGGCUCUUCCAGCUACAAACUCUAGGUUUGAAAGGCAAUCCUUUAUCACAGGAUAUUCUCAAUUUAUACCAGGACCCAGAUGGAACCCGAAAGCUACUGAACUUCAUGCUUGACAAUCUUGCAGUUCAUCCAGAGCAGCUUCCUCCGAGGCCAUGGAUUACAUUAAAAGAACGAGACCAAAUUCUGCCAUCAGCAUCAUUCACGGUUAUGUGUUACAAUGUGUUAUGUGAUAAAUAUGCCACCCGGCAGCUAUAUGGCUAUUGCCCAUCCUGGGCAUUAAACUGGGAAUACAGGAAAAAGGGAAUUAUGGAAGAAAUCGUUAACUGUGACGCAGAUAUCAUUAGUCUUCAGGAAGUGGAAACAGAGCAAUACUUCACUCUCUUUCUGCCAGCAUUGAAGGAGCGUGGAUAUGAUGGAUUUUUUUCCCCAAAGUCACGUGCCAAAAUCAUGUCUGAGCAGGAGAGAAAGCAUGUGGACGGUUGUGCAAUAUUCUUCAAAACAGAAAAAUUUACAUUGGUGCAGAAGCAUACGGUGGAAUUUAACCAAGUGGCAAUGGCUAAUUCAGAUGGAUCCGAAGCUAUGCUGAACAGAGUGAUGACAAAAGAUAAUAUCGGUGUCGCUGUGGUAUUAGAGGUCCAUAAAGAACUAUUUGGAGCAGGUAUGAAGCCUAUUCAUGCUGCAGACAAACAGCUGCUUAUAGUGGCAAAUGCCCACAUGCAUUGGGACCCAGAGUAUUCUGAUGUGAAACUCAUUCAGACCAUGAUGUUUGUCUCAGAGGUUAAAAACAUUCUGGAGAAAGCCUCAAGUAGGCCUGGCAGCCCAACCGCAGAUCCUAAUUCCAUCCCGCUGGUGCUAUGUGCAGAUCUUAACUCAUUGCCAGAUUCAGGUGUUGUGGAAUAUUUAAGCAAUGGAGGCGUAGCUGACAACCACAAAGACUUCAAGGAACUGAGGUACAAUGAGUGUCUUAUGAACUUCAGCUGCAAUGGGAAGAACGGAAGCUCAGAAGGGAGAAUCACACAUGGCUUCCAACUGAAGAGCGCCUAUGAAAAUAACUUGAUGCCUUACACCAAUUACACCUUUGAUUUCAAAGGCGUGAUUGACUACAUUUUCUAUUCCAAGACUCAUAUGAACGUGCUUGGUGUCCUGGGGCCUUUAGAUCCUCAAUGGCUGGUUGAGAACAACAUCACUGGGUGUCCACACCCUCACAUCCCUUCAGACCACUUCUCACUGUUAACACAACUUGAACUCCACCCUCCACUCCUGCCUCUUGUCAAUGGUGUUCACUUGCCUAACCGGAGGUAGUGGAGUACUACCCCGCCAAGACGGGGAUCUGUUGCUAUGGACCUGUACAGUUGUAAAUCAAAGUAUGUAGGAGUGAAGUAUGGCCAUCCUUAAGCUGCUUCUUCAGGUUCCUUUCAUUAUGUGUUUGCUAUAAGAUUUUGUACAAUUUUGUGCAUAUUGGUAUCAUUUGGCACUAGGGCUGGAACCAAAGUAUUACUGUUUCCAAAUUUUUGAUUUAACAUGUUUUUAAGUUGGACUGUCUUCAUAUUAUAUUAGGAGUCAGCAUUCAUAAUCGAUAAAUCACCAAUUCAAGGCCCAACAACAAAUGUAUUUGUUUUUCCAAAACAAAUACUUUGUUUUGAAUGUUUUCAAGUGAGCCAACCAUUUUUCAUGUUUAUUAAAGGCAGUUUUUAAAGACUAUAAAUGUGAGAUUUUAAACUGAAUGAUGAUAUGCCUUGCAGGAAACUUGCUUGAAUUUGUUUUCCAUAACAAACUGAUUUUUGGCUCCCCAGUCAUUUGCACAUUAACAAAGCACUUACAUUUGCUAGAUCUGUACAUAAACUAGCCAUAAUGAGGAAAAUUGAGAAAUUAAAGAUGAUUGCACAGUAUGCUUUAAAAACCAAGCAUUUAACAGCACACAAUUUGUUGGGCAAGCGCUGGUCAAUUUUUUUGUUUUGUUUUGAUUUUUGAGGAAUCAUUCUGUAUUUUGUUCCCCUAUUAGUUAUAACCUUACUAGAAAUAUUAAUUCUAAGCCUGUCUCUCCAGUUUAUUUAUAGGAAAACAACGGGUAAUUUCUACUGCCGCACACCUUGAAAACAGAAUUUGGCCUAUCUAGGAUGCCCCUAAAAUUAGUGUCCAGUCUUUUUUUUUUUUUAAAUUAUUUCCAUCCACCCUUUUCUGCCUGGUUGUGCUAGAAAAACAGAUAUUAUAUGAUCUGUUUCAUUUUUGCUGUUAAGGGCAUAUGUUAAAAGAAAUAACUACUGAAUGAAAAGGCCCUGAUCAGAGUUUUUAGAAGUGGAAAUCUAUACAGAUAUUUCUCAUGUUUUCCAAAGUAGGUCAAGUGGCUGUUGGUUUUUGCUUUUUGAGGUGACAAUGGAAAGGAUUUGGGGGAGAGAAAGAACAGGGAGUAGUUGAAAACCUUGAAUCAGUUUUCCUGACUCUAGUUGCCAAAUGGCCGUUAUAUGCUUUUAAUCUUUGUUUCUGUUGUCUGUCAGGGUUGAAUUAAGAAGCUACUGGUUUAUUCCCAACUAUUGAUAUGCUCUUUAGAUACGUUGGAAUUCUUUUUUCGCCCAGGAGGGGCCAGUUGAAAAUCUGUGAUUCAAGAGGCAGUGAACGCAAUACCGUUUUCUGGGGGAAAAAUUGGUUGGCUACUUGAUGUUAAUUAUGGCACAGUAACAGGAAAAGGUUGUGUCUGUGUUUUUAAGUUUUUCUUUAUUCUGCUUUUUUGCUGCUAUAAGAGUUUUCUGAAAUUUAUAUUUUAAACUUUUCAUGCACUUUACUGUUUCUAGUCUCAAAAUGUGAUAUUUUUAAUAAACAAGAAAUUUUCCAUUAUGUGAAUGAAAUUUUAAAAGAAAAUAGCCUAUAUUUGUGUCUCACUAAUAUAUAAAGUACAGGUCAAAUUUAAAUUAUUUAAUUAGUUUUAAAUAUAUACAAUUUGUCUCCUCUUUGAAAGCUGACAUCUUAGGCUGUUUUAUUAGUCUUAAAUGAUGCAUUUCCUUUGGUCAUUUUGUACUAAUUUCUUCCAUAGUAAAUUAAUCAGGCUACAUAAGAUAAUAUUUCCCCUGAAGGGUAAUUUUAGUGGGACAAGGGUGGUGGGAUGAUGUGAUAUCAGAUAUAGGAUUGCAUCAAAAGGGUUCUGUAAAGCCUAAACUCCCUUUUAAAAGUGCCUAGUGAUAGAGGCGUGGUUUGUCAUCUAUUAUAAUUGGAAUGUCAUUGUAGUUGAGUGAAGUUUGAUGUAAAUAAAAUAUUCUUUUAAAAAUGUCAAGAUACCAGAAUAAACAAACAAAAUAAACAACCCUUAAGAUGACAGAUUUUCCUCAGUGUGCAGGUAUCCCUUCUUAUAUACCUCAAGCAUUCAACAUCUAGCCAUGCAAAUUGAUUACCUGAAGCAUAGUACUGGAAAGUAGAAUAGCAUGAAAAACUUAAUUUUGUGGACAUUACCUUUUUUUGUAAUCAGCUACUGUAUGUUUUAUUUUUAUCUCUUGUUUUGGGUGGGUUUUCUGCUCUGGAGGUAUAUGCACUAACUAAUACAUUUUCCUCUUCUCAUAUGCGCAUGUUAAUUAGCAAUGUGAGCAAUAUUUCUUACCAUACUUCACUCCCAAUAUUUUUUGAGAUGUUUGUAUAAAAUGGAAUUUAAAGUUCACUUAUGAUUGUAUAUGAACCACAGAGGAGCCCAUUUAUUAAUAAAAAACUUUUUUAAUAGUUAAAUGUAGAGGGAAAAAUAAAAAAAAAUUGGGAAA